AGGAAGGAGCGCAGCAGCAGCUGCAGGGAGGGGGACGCACCGACACACCGACACACGCACCGACACACGCCGCCAGAGGAGAGGAGAGGACCCGCGCUCAUUUUCUCCCCCAAGCAGUUUUACGCACGCAAUGUUGCAUCUUUUGCUCCGGAAAACACUGCUGUUGGGACAGCACGUGAAAGAAGAAAUUGAUCAGAAAAACACCUCGCGCUUUUGAGAUGUAAGGGAGUUACAGGGGGGGCGCAUUUGGAGAUAUUUUCUCGAUUCAAGGAAGAAAGAGACUUUUGAAAAUUUGAUGAAGUUGAAUUUUUUGGCAGAUGUGUUUGGUUGUUUCACAUGUUUUUUUUUUUUUUGUUAAUUUGAAACACAAUCGGCAAGUGAGUUAUCAGGGUCCAUUCCCACAUCUCCUUUCUGACUCUGGUGCGGAGUAUGUGCGCACCGCGGCGGAUUUCGCGGGUUUGAAACCGCUUUCAGACUGCGCUGAUUUCAAAUGAACUCUCCCUGAUCGGUGAUUGCGGGAGAGAAGGCAGUACAACACACUUAAACAAGUCAUCUGAGCUGUGUGUCAAACAGUGACUGUGUGUCAAAAGCAGCUUCAUGUUCCUGGAAAACCUGCUAAACUAAGUCCUGCGCGUCUGGAUUUGGUUCUCUUUUUGUGUUGCGCUUGAAAUAAACUGGAACUGUGGAAAAAGACAGAAAGGUGCAACUAAGGCUUUGUCUAAAAGAACGAAUACAAUCAUAUACAGGAGAGGAAGUGCUUUGGUUUGACUGCUGUAUUUCUACAUACCCAAGAGGAAAAGAUGGAUUUACUCAUUUGGUUCUGUGGAUGUACGCUGGCGUUUCUUUUGCCUUCUUCGGCGGUGAAAGCGGAGGAAGGAGCACCUGAGCCAUGCGGGGGCCAUCUGGAUGCGAGAGACGCUGGCUACAUCACAACCCCGGGCUACCCGCUGGAGUACCCGCCCCACCAGAACUGUCGCUGGGUCAUCACAGCCCCGGAGGCUUCUCAACGCAUCGUCCUCAAUUUCAACCCCCAUUUUGAGAUCGAGAAACUGGACUGCAGGUAUGACUACGUGGAGAUCCAUGAUGGGACCUCUGAAUCGGCGGACCUGCUGGGGAAGCACUGCAGCAACAUCGCCCCUGCACCGAUCAUCUCAUCGGGACAGUCACUCCUCAUCAAAUUUGUGUCAGACUACGCCCACCAGGGGGCGGGCUUCUCACUGCGCUAUGAAAUCUUCAAAACAGGCUCAGACUGUUCCCGCAAUUUCACCAGUCCAACGGGCCUUAUUGAGUCACCAGGCUUUCCCGACAAAUACCCCCACAACCUGGACUGCUCCUUCAUCAUCGUUGUCCCACCAAGCAUGGAUGUAUCCCUCACCUUCCUCACCUUUGACCUGGAGACUGACCCCCUCCCAGGCCCGGACAAAGACUGCAAGUACGACUGGCUGGAAGUGUGGGAUGGACUCCCAGGAGUGGGCCCUCUGAUUGGUCGAUACUGCGGGAUAAAAGUGCCUCCUGUGAUUCAGUCAUCCACUGGGAUUCUCUCUCUGGCCUUCCACACCGACAUGGCUGUAGCUAAAGACGGCUUCUCGGUGCGAUACAACAUGACGCACAAAGAUGUCAAAGAAAGCUUCCACUGCAGCAGUGCCUUUGGUAUGGAGUCAGGAAAGAUCACAGAUGAGCAGAUCACCGCCUCGUCAACUUUCGAGGAUGGACACUGGCUGCCACGUCAGGCCCGACUCAACAACAUUGACAAUGGAUGGACGCCUAAUGCAGACAGCAACAAGGAGUACAUACAGGUGGACCUGUUUACUCUGAAGGUGCUGACAGGCAUCGCCACACAGGGGGCCGUCUCAAAGGAAACUCAGAGGAUUUACUACGUUACCUCCUUCAAGCUUGAAGUCAGCACUAAUGGAGAAGACUGGAUGGUCUACAGACAUGGCAAGAACCACAAGGUUUUCCUUGCCAAUACCGAUGCCACAGAAGUGGUUCUCAAUCGGAUCCCGCAGCCAGUCCUGGCUCGCUUUGUACGAAUCCGACCUCAGAUGUGGAAGAACGGCAUCGCGCUGCGGUUCGAGCUCUUCGGCUGUCAGAUCACUGAUGCUCCGUGUUCAGAGCUGCAGGGUAUGCUCUCUGGGCUGCUCCCCGACUCCCAGAUCUCUGCCUCCUCCAUGAGGGACAUCCACGGGUCCAUGGGGGCAGCCAGGCUGGUGGCCAGCCGGUCAGGUUGGUUUCCCAACCCGACACAACCCAUAGCUGGAGAGGAAUGGCUGCAGGUGGACCUCGGUGUACCCAAGAUGGUGCGUGGCAUUAUCACUCAGGGUGCCAGAGGGUUGGAGGGUAGCACCAGUGCUGAGAACAGGGCAUUUGUCAGAAAAUAUAAACUAUCCCACAGCUUGAACAGCAGGGACUGGAACUCCAUCAUUGACAGCAAGACUGGCUUUGCUAAGAUUUUUGAAGGAAACAGCCACUAUGAUACUCCAGAGGUGCGGAGGUUUGAUGAGAUUGUGACACAGUACAUCAGAGUCUUUCCAGAACGAUGGUCGCCUGCUGGGAUUGGCAUGAGGAUAGAGGUCCUUGGCUGUGAUCUACCUGAAACCACCACUCUCCCUGACACGGUGACCCCCACGACUCCAAGGCUGGAUCAGACCACUUCUGCACUGAGACCUGCCACAACACCUUCGCUGUCAGCCGUGUGUGACUUUGAACAGACGUUGUGCGGCUGGACGGCCGAUCCCCACUCAGGUGUGAGUUGGUCCUUGCACACAGCCAGCACCAGUUCCUCCGGACACGGCUCACAUGGAACCAGACAGGACUUGGCCAUGGGAUCAGACAAUUUGUCGGGGAACUACCUCCACCUGGAUGCAGGUACACGCACCCUGCGCAAGAGAGGCCGGCUGCUGAGCCCUGAGGUGGGGCCAGAACAAGGUCCCCUGUGCCUGUUGUUCUACUACCAGCUGCAGGGGGAGGCGCUGGGCAGCCUGAGGGUUCUGCUGAGGGAAAACGACCAGGAGGAGACCCUCUUAUGGGCAGUGAAAGGUGACCAGGGCCCACACUGGAAAGAAGGCCGAACUAUCCUGCCCCAAAGCCCCAAAGAGUAUCAGGUGGUAUUUGAGGGUUUUUUUGAUCAUCCAACAAGAGGCCACAUCAGAAUCGACAACAUCCACAUGAGCAACACCGUUGAGCUGGAGCAGUGUGCACAACCACUCCCUGCCUUAACUCCUGGCAUAACCAAUCCCAAGCCUUUAGAUUUUGGAAAAGAUCCUGUUUUCAACCACAAGCCCCCCAUGAAUGGAGAUUAUGUUUUCCCAGGCUGGCCGUCCUCUUUCUCCACCCCAUCGUCGGAUGUCGACCCCCCCUCUGUUACCUUAGUGUCAGGGAAAGACAAGGACAAUGCCUGGCUGUACACACUGGACCCCAUCCUCCUCACCAUCAUUGUGAUGAGCUCUUUAGGCGUCCUGCUGGGAGCAGUGUGUGCCGGCUUGCUCCUCUACUGCACAUGCUCCUAUAGCGGGCUCUCUUCACGCUCCUCCACGACGUUGGAGAACUACAACUUUGAGCUGUACGACGGGAUCAAGCACAAAGUGAAAAUGAAUCAGCAGAGGUGCUGCUCAGAGGCAUGAGGAGGAGAAUGAUGGGGAGUGAUGUGCCCUGUGAUCCCCAGCAAAAAGAAUUGUGUUCUCAGUUUGGACAUGAAAAAGAAGUGCUCUCUGUAAUGUCAACCCCUCAUUGUCCCCAGACCUUAAAUCCUGCUACUAUAUUUCUCUGAUGUCUUUAAACCCAGAGUUUCCACAACUGUUUAUGUGCCAAUGGGAACAUGUGAUCUUGAUCACUCCUCCUUGCAUUGAGGCCUGAACAAAGGGAACAUCUGACCCCAGUCUCCUCUGCCUGCAGGAGAAAGCCUGUUUCUCAAAGCCUGUGAAUGAAUGAAGGAAUGAAUACAUUAAUAUAAAUGACAGAUUUACCAUAAAACCCACAUGCCACAUGCCACUGGGAUGAAGUUAGGAACAAGAUGGACUACCGCACCCAUGAGAACCUGGACAUUUGGACCAUAAAUGACAGCAGACUCUGGAGAGUUAUCUGUGGGUCUUAUCUUGAUAAUGAGGUUUUGCAUGAAGAAAAUGUACUCUUGACUAGUACUUUUCAAAAGAUUUUGUUGGCAUCAGCCAAUAGAGAAUCUUCUUACUGCUCGACUUCAGCACCAGUGGACCAGUCGACGUGGGUACUUUUGACUGAAAUCAACACAUAUCAAGCGAAUGCCUACCCUUCUUAAAAGCUUAAAAAGAUAUUGAACAACACAGUUAAAAAGGAUCUAGAUUUCUAAUGGUGAAGGAUGAAAGGAGGAUGAAAAAGGACAUUUUUCUUUUCUAUUUGUUUUUGAACGUUUUAGAUAUGACUUCUGUGAGUUUUAAACGUCCAUUCGCCCGCCAUGUGGCACUUGCUAGCUCCUUUGUUUGGCCUCGGUCUGCGCUUUGUGAAACCAGUGGCAUAGAAGAGUGAUGGUGACUGUUUUUGUUCUGUUUUAGACUUGUGUCCAUUCGGAUAAAAAGGUAAAGAAAAGCAGCUUCAGUUUGUAGCCACCCUGUAGAUCUCUUAUUCCAUUUUUUUUUUUUUGUUUUAUUUUAGAAUUGUGUUGAACUCCAUGGUCUUAACUGUCCUUUUUCUAUUUUUGACACAUUUCCUCUAAAGAUUAUGAGUCUUUACAAAAAGCUGGAGAGAGGUAAAGUAAUACAGGACACAGAAAAUCAGAGGUUUAUCAAAAUCUUAUAUGCUGUUAUGAAGUUGUGCUUUAGACUCAGUAUUCUAGAGUUUGGUUUUGGUAUAUAUCUAUAUUUUUUUGCUUUUCAGACUGUAUGAUGCCCAAAUGAUGGACAGACACUGUGGAAACAAAUGUCAGUGAUUGAUUUAUUGCAACCUAUGGAUUGCCAAAUAGCUGUUCAUGUCCUCAGUGGGGCUGAACCAGUGUUAAAAGAGGCUGGGCAGACUGAGAGUGAUGAAUAAUUCUGCUUUUUAUCCAUCACUCUUGAUCAUUUCCCUGAAAAAAAGGCCACUGAAAAAAAUGGAAGGAGAAAGAAUGACUAAAGGAGGAGAAUGGAAAUUGUACCAUCAAUUUUUUUGGACACACAAUCGAGCCUUAAGCAAACUACAGUAUACGCUGUAUCGGAGGACAGCCAUCAAAGAGGGCCAGUGCUGCCACAAAGACUGACGAACACACACACACACACACACACACACACACACACACACACACACUCACACACAUAUAUAUACUUGUUCUCUUAUGCUUCUGGGGAUCCAUAAUGUUUGUCUUCUUCGGCCUCACACCUCAAACUCAACUUCAAACUGGCUGCCUAACCCUAAACCCCACCCGUGACUAAGUCCUAACCCUAAACUCGGGCCAUGACUAAACCUUAAACUCCAGUGUGAAUCCUCAAACAGAUAAUUUCAGCUUUCUCCAGUGUUUUCGUCUCCACCUUGUAUUUGUGAAUGAACUCUCAGACUCCACAAGACUCCACCAUCUCCUCCGCAGAGGAGAUGGUUAUUUUCACUUGCAGGAGGAAACCAAAAUGGGUCCAGUUUUUAUUGGGCAUAAUAACUCAAGGUGGUUAAAGUUGCAUUCAAGUCAUCUAAAGCCUGGAGAUGAUAAAAUAUUGACUACAAUAAUCAGGCUGUAUGUGAACAUUUAAACACAAAACGAAGCAGUGAUGCAGUCAAUGGUAAAGUUUAUAAUACUAUUUUGGUGCUAGUUCAUACAUUUUUUACACCUACAGACAUCAGUCAGCACAGAUCAGACUGACAUGAAGACGUGGUGUUAGUCCCGGUCAGCUGGUGAACCCUAGUGCGCCCCCCCUGGUUAAAAAUCAUACCAGAUCACAACAGAACCAUGAGACAUCUAUAUUGAACUAAAACAAAUAGUUCAGAGUCAUGUAUGAUUAAUGGACCCUUUUGUUUCUCCCAACAUCAAAAUAUUUCUCUCUAUAGCCACUCUGCAUUUUCAGACAUUUUGAAAGUAUUUGUCAAAAAUGAUAAAUUAAUGCAUAAAUACAUGAAUAGUUACCAGGGUGGACACAUCUACUUCUAAACAUAGACAUUCAUGUGUAGUUUGAAGUAGCGUUUUGAUUUUUCCCUCUGUGGAAAGAAACCAAAUGAAGAACGUUUACAAACACAUUGAGAGAUUCAAACUUGAUUAAAAAAAUGAAACCACCCAAGAAAACUUAUCUAAAAGCACAAUGGAUGGAUGUUUUAAAGAGCAGUUUCCCAUUUUUAAUUUCUUGUACACAUGUACAUAAAAAAAUUAAAGCAAAAAAAAGACACUUCUUCCUGAGCUUUUGCUGAUUAGUAUGCUGUCACACACCCAACAGAUAACGCAAUGAAAUACCUUUAAUAAUGCUCAGAAUACUGUAUUUGACCAUUCUAUUGAAAUAAAAUAAUGAUUUAUUAUAUAUUAAUUAUUUUUAUGAUGUAAAAAUAUUAUAUAUGAGAUAAGAUAGUCCUUUAUUGAUCCCCAGAGGGGAAAUUCGGGUGUUACAGCAGCUCAAUGUCAAAGAUACAACCGUACAGUAUAUUUACUGUGUGUGUGUAUAUAUAUAUAUAUAUAUAUAUAUAUAUAUAUAUAUAUAUAUAUAUAUAUAUAUAUAUAUAUACAUAUAUCAAUGUUAUUUUUUCUGUAGCCAGAACAUCCUGAUGAAAUUUGUCAAAGAUGGGGGAAGCGAUGCAUCCUUUUAUUUUUAGUUACUCACCUUUACUUUUGAUUGUACCCCCUGAAUGCAACAUUCACUUUAAAUGGCAACAAAUAACAUCAAGACGAAGCAGUAAUUAUUUUUAUCAUUGUCAUUUAUUUUCCUUUUACCUGAAGUAAAUUGUAGCUUUUGGACCCAACCAAACUGUUGCAAGGACCAUGUGAAUAAAUGAAUGCUUAGGCCACCUUGGCUGUUAACCGAUGGUGCACCGAGUCAGAGAACACGAGGGUGUGACGGCCAACAUCAGUGACAUUAUGGCAAUGCAUAAAAAUGACAUUUCAGGAACAUUUUGUGUGACAUUUCUCCAUCAUUAUGAAGCUUUUUGGACUUUUAUGGCAUUAAAUGGCAGACAAAAUGAUUAGAAACAGGUUCACGGCAUAAAAGGACAAAACUAAAAGGGCAUCGUAAUAAAAUGUGGCUUGUUAAUCAUAUGCUAUUUCAGGAAACCUGAGGAAAAAAAAAAAAAAGGAUAAAAGAAAACUCCCACUAGGACAGGUGGAGAAUGAGGGAGAUGCACAAUCAAGACACACAGAAUAAGCAAAAAAAAACAAACUCAAAGAAUAAAUCUUCGCACCCGAGGAUCAGACACUGACCUGCUGUGUUUUCUCGACAUGUUUCAUGCUUCAUUCUGCAGAGCCUCAACAGAGCAAGUUGAAUCCUUCAGAGCCUCUUGUGCCGCCUGAGUCUGUCGAGGAUCUGGGUCAUGUUUUUGCCCUCCGAGGUGCAAAUUGUGAGAGAAAAGGAAGAAGAGGGGAUAAAAGAGUAACACUUUCGGCACUUGUUGCCUUUAUACCUCGGGACCACAUUCUUUUUAUCUUUUCACAUUCACAAGCAUUAAUGCAACCAUGAGGCUUAUUGGAAUUAAUUACAUAAAAACAACAUAAACAGGUUAUUAAAAGGCGUUAAACAAUAGUCAAAAGGGAGGGAUGGAAUGAAGGAAAAAUAGGAAGAGAUGGUGAAUUUUCUGUCCUUCUAACUGUGUUUUCUCUUGACUAUUUUCCAAGUGCCUUGGAGAUCUGUUUUCCUGUUGCUCACUCUGUCUUCGUCCCCACCGAUGUCUCACUCUGACUCUUCUUUUUCUCACACAUGCACAUGAUACAGAAAGCUGUGAUCAGUGAAUACAUCUUGAAACAUGCCCUCCUCAUCCCUCUGUCUGCUGCUUGUUCCCCCUUUUCGAAGUCCAGACAGCAUUAUCUGUCUUGUUGGAUGUACACACAUGGACGCACACUUAUGCACAACUGACUGACUCAUACGCAGUUCAUUACAACACAUCAACAGAGCAGCACUGGCCAGAAAACUCAAACUGUUGUUUGUAGAAUUUGUACAGAAAAUGUUCUUUUUUAAUGUUAUUAUUAUUUAAUAAAGGAUGAAUAACUAGUCAUAUGGUUGUACGAGUAUUU